AUGAAAACUGCUUUAAUACUAAUUUCUAUAAUUUCCUUAGUGAGCAUUUUAACUGUUAACUCAUUAAAUAAAUAUUAAAAUCUAAGAUCUUCUGAUGAUAUUACUUGUUUAAGCUCUACUCUGGAUAUGGGCAACUUAUACAUAACUGUAACUAAUGCAUGCCAAAAAAAUGUGACUUUUAAAUUCUCAGUUUCUGCUUCAGACUAAAAUGAAACUAAAAAAUUAGAUUUUGAAACUAUAUGCCUAAAGCAAAAAGAAACAUAAAGAUUCGAGCUAGAUUUCCCAAGGAGCUACACUACUUUCACUCAAAGUGUUAAAGAAUAAAAUGAUUGUUGA